CACGACGACACUCCCAUUAGCGAAGGAGUGUUGUCAUUGGUUUUGAGGGUGUCUGGAUCUUGUCUCUGGUUGUAUCGUUUAGCAUUGAGGGGGUAUGCUUCACCAUUGAUUGCCUACUUGCUCCUCAAAUCGCGCAGUCCGAAUCUCGCAGCUCCGGCAGCGCUUGGAAUAUUUCCGAUCAAUCGAAAUACAACUGAACAUCAUGCUUCAACCUCGAUUCGCCCUGACGGGUCUUCGCCUACCCUUCAGAUGCCUGUCUUCAGUGUCAUCACGAGCAUAUGCAACAGUUAUCCACGAGCAAGAGAAGCCCCCAGUUGAAGACUCAUCCAGCUCCACCUUCGAUCCAAGCAUCGCCUUUGCCCCUCCACCGACCCGUGAUGAUGCUGGCGUUCUCCUGCGAAAGUACAAGCCACGGACUCCCGGUAUCAGACAUUUGCGAAGGCCAGUCAAUGACCAUCUGUGGAAGGGACGACCGGUGCACAAGUUGACAUUCCCCAAACGAGGCCAGGGCAAGGGUGGUCGAAACAACACGGGUAGGGUCACCGUUCGGCACCGUGGUGGUGGUCACAAACGCCGCAUUCGAAUUGUUGACUUUGCACGAACUGCUCCCGGGCCGCAUCUGGUAGAGCGCAUUGAACACGACCCUGGCCGAAGUGCCCAUAUCGCGCUUGUGCGCAGCCAAGAAACCCAGAAGCUGAGCUACAUUCUGGCUGCGGAAGGUAUGAGAGCUGGCGACGUUGUUCAGAGUUAUAUGUCUGGUAUUCCGGAGGAUCUUUGGAAGAGUAUGGGAGGUACCGUUGAUCCAGGUGUUCUCGCUGCCAGGACCGCUUGGAGAGGAAAUUGCUUGCCCUUGCACAUGAUCCCCGUAGGUACUUUGAUAUUCAACGUCGGACUUCGUCCCGGCAAGGGAGGUCAGCUGUGCCGGAGCGCGGGCACCUACGCAACUGUCAUCUCGAAGGGCAGCGAUACUAAAACCCGGGCCAACGAAGUCGAAACCCAGGAAGAUGGAACGGAAGUCCAGAAGCCCCUCUCCCAACGGGAGAAGCAGAAGCAAGAACGUAUUGCUCAACAUGUCACCAUUCGUCUCCAAAGUGGUGAAGUUCGACUUAUUCACAAGGACUGCUGCGCAACGGUUGGAGUGGCCAGCAAUCCUAACCAUCAGUAUCGGCAGCUCGGUAAGGCGGGUCGGUCACGCUGGUUGAAUAUCCGUCCCACAGUCCGUGGUCUCGCCAUGAACGCUGCCGAUCACCCUCACGGUGGUGGACGUGGUAAGUCGAAGGGUAACGUCGAUCCAAAGAGUCCUUGGGGUCUACCGGCCAAAUCCGGCUACAAAACCCGGCCCAAGUGGAAGAUCAACAAGGCUGUGGUGGUCCCAAGAGUCCGCAACCAGGGCAAGCGUCGCAGAGGCUACAACUGAGCUUCCCUUUCUGUGAUCGUCGUCGUUUCUCCCCGUCUUUAUUUCACCGGAGGACUGUUUAGCCAUAUUUCCACUGGGGAAACAUAUGGCAAAGGCUGUCUGUCACAGAUCUAGCAUUGUGACAUGUCCUUACUUCCUUCAGUUCCUCAUUGUAUUCCUCGAUUAUUCUCAUGUGCAGAGGAUGGGUCCUCCGCUCGCACUGUAUCAUAUUUUGACUCGAUUUUGGCGCCAGGCAUGCUGUCUUCGAUAUCUUUCAAAAUUCUUGUGAUUAUUCCUUCUCUGUAUGGUUGAUAGAUUGUAUACCCAUGCGUUUGCCAUGGCUAUCUGGUCUACGGUCGAGAUACACUUGAUCACCAGGGGCAAAAAAGGCUGCCUCUUGAGAUCCCACUUGUCUUAUCGAACAGCAUGUUCAGAGAACUUUCAACCC